AUGCCUCUGGAAUCCGAUCAUGAUCAUGAAAUGGACCAAUCGAGAGUCAAACGCAGAAAGCUUGACUCGGAUGAUAACCGAGAGGGCCUACAAUCUUUGAAAUAUGGUCAAUAUGGGCAAGUCGUGCCUGGGGCCUUGAAGAUGGAGCUGGCCAGUUGUGAUGGGGGCACAUAUCCGCCUGUUUGUGAAACCUCAGGGCCAGAGAACAUUCUUUCGAAUGACUCGUCCGUGUAUUGUACGAAAUCAGACCGCUGCAACCUGAUCUUGAAGCAUCGUGGGGAGACUCCUUUCUGUUUAAAGAAGCUUGUCAUCAAAGCGCCCAAAUCUGGCUACGACGCUCCGAUCCAGGCAGGCAUGGUGUUUGUUUCUAUGUCGGCUGAUGAGCUUCUCGCCCGAACUGCUCAAUAUCAAGUCCAAUAUGCUGAUUCCCGUAGCCACCGCAGCCGUCGACGCAGGGGAAUGCAACCGUCGGAAGAGUAUUUGAAUUCAUAUCGUGCUCCAUUACAGACUCUAGAGCGGGCAGCUCUGACCAGCUUUGACUCUCUUUCUGAUUCGGAAACGGACGCCGGUGAGGCUGCCAAUGUUUCUUCUAAUCAAACUACAGACCAGUCACCUGAAUUUCGCGUCAUUACGGAGUACGAUGAACGCUCUGAUGGUACUGAGCUUGACGGUCUGGCAAACAACUUCUCUGAACCCCAAUUUUCGGAUACCAGAAGACUAGAUGAAUCGCGAACCAUGUACUCGAUGUAUCCAUUGGAAGAGGAUUUCCUUUGUUCGGAUAGUGAGGACAGCAGCAGUGAUGAAGACGAAAGCUCGGAGACCCGCUCCUACAACUCGCGACGGCGGGAUCUGCAAAGACAUGUACGGGCUUUGCGCCGUCAAUACGCCAUGGAACAUGAUGAACCACCUAGACGUCGACAUAAUCCGAACACGACAGAGGCCAUUUCAACCAUUCCACCACACAUUCUAGGAUCCGCUCAAACAGUACAACCACAUAUUUUACGAGUUUCACCACCUAUUCCACCCAGCGGACUCUCGGCGCCGCGCUCUGUAUCAGCGUCACACCCUCCAGGCGCCGGGUUAUUGAAACCUCUCGCUCAAUUUUUCAUCAAACGACCCAAGAGUAGUGUCAGCCUCAAGUUCGAUCCUCCUCCAUCUGGUCGAUACAUCCUGAUCAAACUUUGGAGUCCAUACCAUGCAGGUAACAUAGACAUCCAGAGUGUCAUUGCCCAUGGUUUUGCUGGACCAAGGUUCUUCCCUGCCGCUGCGCUGAGAUGA